AUGUUCCAGACAUCGUUCAAUAGAUAUAAAGCCUUUUAUAUUCCUAAGACCCCAAUACAACCAGCAAAGCUCCCCAAGCGACAUGGAAGAUCAAUAACCAAUGGGUUUGAAUUUAUUCCCUGGGAUUCCUCCACCAGUUCAACCACUACCAAAGUGCCGGAGUCACCAGAGCCUGAACAUUCUAGCGGUGCUACCACAUCAACGGAACCAUCAACGGAAGAAAAAUUUAAUGAGCAAGAAGAUGAACUAGAUGAUGAUUGUCUGAACGAUACAAAGGGCAAGAAAUCCAAAAAUAAAAAAUUGUCGAAAGAGGAAAAGAAAAAACUCAAGCAGGAUAAGAAACUCGCUAGACAAGAAGCCUCAAGGGCAAAAAAGAAGCAAGAAGAGGCCGAAGUUUUAGCAAGUGGUAGCGGGGAUAAUGAUGAUGAUGACCAAAUAACUAAAUCUGGCGCCUCAAGGGCGGCGACAACUAACCAUUAUAUUGAUGGGAAUAUUCGCAGCAGUACCAAGGAAAAACUUCAUUAUUUGAAGUCAUUACAAUUGACGAUUUCUAAUACUAAGAACCCAAGAGUGCUAGAGUACCAUGACAUAACGAUUAGAAAAGAAGAUAUCUUCUGUUUGGGUCAUGAUGAGUGGUUAAAUGACAACAACUUAUCAUAUAUUUACGAAAGGUUAGAAAAAGUGCCAUUGCAUGAGUACAUACACGAGCAAAACAGUCAAUUGCUUAAUACCAAGCUUGCAAAACGUUGGAAGAACAGUAUUGUGUUGUUGAAGCCCUCACUUGCAUUCUUGUUGUUGAAGUUCCCUGAUCCGACAGCAUUACAAGGGAUCUUACCACCAUUGGAGCUUUCAAGCUUCUUAUUUGUACCUAUCAAUGAUAAUGAUGAUGUCGAGGCGGCGGAAGGUGGUAGUCAUUGGUCACUUGUAGUGGUUUCGUUGCUCGAAGGUGUGGCCUAUUUUUAUGAUACUUUGGCGGAAGACGAAGAUGAAGGAAACUAUGAAGAAUCGAUGGCAUUGGUCACUAAUUUGAAUUUUUACCUUGAAGCGGUCGGCGGAGGCCAUAAGAAAGUGGUGGGAAAAGUUGUGAAAACUCCUCUACAGAUCAAUGGGAGUGAUUGUGGAGUUCACGUUUUGCAAAUUACUGCCAUAUUAUUAGCAAGAAUUAUGGAAUGUGGAGAAGAUGGUGGAAUACCUUAUGGCUUAGAAGGAUUAGAAUUAAGUGCUUUAGAUGGUAGAAUAUGGAUAUUGCGCGAUAUGUUGGAGAAAAUCAGAGAGAAGAGGAAAAGUGGAGCAUUAUUAUAG